AUGUGGAAGCAAGAAGAGAGUAAGGAUGCCUACGCUUCCGAAAACGGGGUUCAGUCUGAAUCAUGGUGGUCGAGGGACUCCUCCUGCACUCUUGCACCUACAGAUCAAAUGGAUUCUUUGUUCGCGGAGUACUUGCACGCGCAGCAGUCAGCCACCGAGGCAGGAUCUGAGGGAAAAGCAAGUGUAGAAGACCAGACCGGACCCCUCAGGGCAACCUUCGAGCAUCCGCACUCGAUUGGAUCUUACAUGCCACCCCAAGUCCCCGGGAUCGAGGUUACCAUGAGUGAAGACCGCCACCACCCUACCCUAUCAUGGGCUAGACAAGACGGCUUUGAGACAAGCGGUACACCGGAUAUCCUUGAUGGUGGUAGCGGCAGUCUCACAAAUUUCAGGGACGAGAACAAGAAUGUGGACGCAGUUGCAAUUGCGGUUACAGAAGAAGAUGUUGUUCAAGGAGAGGCUGGUGAUGUUCGAACACAAGUUGCACUGAAUAUUGCCAUCACUGCAAUGAAUAGUGGUGUGGUGGAGGGCAGUACUAGCAGUACUUACAGGCAUUAUAACCCAGAUGCCAGUGCCAAAAAGGAUGGAGAGCUAGAGCGAACCCUAAGCCCGUUGGACUCGACUAGUUCUACCUCUGCGGACCUUAAUAAGCCCAAGGCCGACCAAUUGCAAUCGUCCGCAGCUGCUUCACCUCUGCCCGGCUCUUUCUCCUUAGUGAAACCUGAAGGUCCUAAUAAACAGGGCUCAUCCUCACCAUCUCCUUCUCCUGUGAUUAAUACCUCCUCUCCCAUUGCCUCUCAACAUCAACCUCAUCUUUCUCUCCCUUAUGCUCCAACUCUGCCAUCAAAUUCCCCCUCCCCCUCCCCCUGUGCUACUAUUGCUACUGGUACUAGACUCAAGCCGGGUUAUUUGACGAACUCAACCGCAAGACGUUCCCUGUCUGCAGUGCAACAGUACCGCCUUUUAGACGAGCGUCAGGCUAAAAGAGCUCCACUCUGGAGACGACGAGUUAAUUAUAAAAGCUCAUUAUCCGACCCCGAAGAAAUGCUCGCAACGGCUCGAACUCCCCAGGCCUAUGAUAUAUCAAGCCCUAAUCCAAUGACUGAAUCAAUCAGGUAUCAGGCCCAUUUGGAGCCCUCACAUUUUCUACAAACCGGUAGCAGGGAGCAUUCUGCAACAGAUCACGGAGAUUUGUUCCCGCUUUCCCCGCCACUAUCUAGUGCCCGCUCGAGCUUUUUGUGCCCGAACAACAAUGUUGCACCUCACUUAAACGGCAACUAUAACCUGUCCACUGAAUCUCUCUCUCCAAACGUGGAAGCAAACGCUAUCAACUUGCUCUCUCGACCUCACAACAUGCCACAACUUCAAGAACAAAUGGAAAACCCUUACGCAACCGCCCAGGGUCGUCAGUAUCUUCAUCACUCUCCAAGCAAUGAGUAUCUCUCUCCAGGUAAUUCUUUUGAGGACCCAAUGAUGAAGCCUCAGCCACCUGUAAGCGCCUAUUCUGGUCUUAACGCCUCAUGUCCCGUCACGGAGUCUUUUGACCUGGAAGAUGCUGAGGGCUCAUCAUCCUCCGCCCAAGGAUCCUCACCUCAGGCUUGGUGGGGUCAGGGUGCUGGUCUGGAACUUGCACAAGAUGGAGCUGCUAUGAUGUAUCCUGCCACUUCUACCCCUUCUGCAACUCCAAGUGCGUUCACUACUUUACCGAACAUGUCGCCCAAGCGUCGUUUUAAUCAAACACCUUCAAGCGACAAUCUGCACAACCAACUGCUGAUGCUUCAACACCAGCAACAGCCUCGCUCACCAAUGCUUGAACAAGAUCGAUUAUAUGCUUUCAUGAACGGGCAACAGACUCAUUCUGCGAUGCCCUCCCCUCCAGGCUCUCCUGGAUAUUAUUUUGGUCCACAGAUCACAAGCGAUAGUUUUUGCUCCCCAACGAAUCCGACGGGUGUUAAUUUCAUCGACCCGUUCAACAACUCAGGGCAUCAUCAGCCACAGCAUCAACAAUUCAACACCUUUCCAAGACGGACUCAACUCCCAAAGUCGAUGCUGGGAUACGAUACCCCAGUACAAUCUACUCCACCAGUGCCCAUCAGAACAGUUCCAUCUCACGCCGGUCAUUCUAAUGGCAUCAUAACAAGGUCUUCCUAUCUACGAAAGUCUGGCAGCCUCGGCAGGUCCGCACGCAUGCCAUCCAUUGGCAAGAACGAUCCGAAAGAGGUCUCCUUUGUCAAUUUCACUCCCCAUGAUGCCACAAAAAUUCUAAGUGGAGUUGCACCAAGUGGCAGUUCCAAAACUAAGGCACGAAGAGAGAGAGAGGCCCAAGAGAAGAGACGAAAGCUAUCAGAAGCAGCCGCCGCCGCCGUUUUAGCCGCUGGUGGUGAUCCUUCAGCUAUCGAGAAUAUUGGUUUCUGA